AUGGCACAGGUAUACCAACAAUUUCCUGUAGAUGGCACUAUGGUAGAGGCCCAAAUCAUUGUGACGCAUAGGGGUGCAUUCAAAUGCCCGCAGCAAGCUCUGAGCGUAUUGGCUCUAGAAACUCCAGAAGCUGUGGCCUAUGAAAGAUUCCAGGAGCUUCCACCAAGCGAAGCUGCAGAGCAAACAGCUAAGGAUUGGAACAUUGCUCAAAAUUUGAAAAUGCUGUUGAUAUUAAUUUUCAUAAUUACUGGGACACAGACUUUCAUGGCUCAGAAACCAGUUUCCAAGCCUGUUGAUCUUAUAUUUUUGGUUUCCAGUAGUAAUACGUCUUUUCCGCAUAUUAAAACAUUUAUUAGUACAGCAGUCAAAUUUUUACCUUUUGACCCUAAUGAAUAUCGCAUUGCGCUUGCUCAAUAUUCUGAUCAAGUAUAUAGUGAAUUCCAGCUGGAUACCUACAAAGAGAAGAAUCCAAUGUUAAAUCAUAUCAAAAGGAAAAUGGUGCUUAGAACUGGCUUAUUAAAAACUGGCAGUGCUCUCUACAGAGUACAGGAGAUUGAUUACUGGAAACCAAUUCUUGGAGAAGGAAGGUCCAAGAUUUUGAUAGUGAUAACAUCUCAACAAUCUAAAGAUGAUAUAAAAAAUGCUGGUUGGCUGCUGCAGAAAGCUGGAGUAAAGAUCAUUUCAAUUGGGGUGGAAGAGGCCUCUAUUGAUGAACUACGUCUGUUGGCUACAAAGCCAUUUUAUUUCUUCUUUCCUAAAAUAGAAGAACUUAGUUUAUUUGCUCAGAAUAUUUCUAGGAUUGUGGCUGAACUAUAUAGAAUCCAAAAUGCAAUGUUGUGUUUCCUUCUUAUUAUAGCAUGUCAUAGUGAUGGAGUUGCUGAUUUAGUAUUUAUAGUGGAUGCAGGCACGUCACAAACAAGCUUCGAAAAGAUGCAGCUCUUUUUAGAAAACCUGGUGUCUUCUUUGGAUGUGAAUCAGAAAUGCAUAAGAAUAGGCCUAGUGACUUUCAGCACUAAGCCCCAGGUGAUAUCUUCACUGCAGAUGACAACUGAUGGAAUUCACGUUGUGCAAAACAUCCAGGGCCUAUCACCUAAGCCAGGAAAAGCUAACAUAGGUACCGCCAUUAAUUUUACAAGACAGAAAGUCUUCAGUGUCAGUUCUGGAAGUAGGAAGGCUCAAGGGGUAGAACAAAUAGCCCUUCUGAUUAGUCAUAGACCUUCAGAAGAGGAUGUGAGAGAUGCAGCUAAAUUACUUAGAAGAGCUGGUGUGACUGUAUUUGCCAUUGGCAUUAAGGAGGCCAAUAUUACCCAACUAACCCAGAUUGCUGCUUACCCACCACCACAGUACGUUACUCAGCUAAGUACAUUUUCUCAGUUGCUUAACAAAUCUCUGGAUUUUCAGAAGAAAAUUAUGACACAAAUACAGGAGAAACUCUACAUGGAUACCAAAAGAACGGAACUUCUGAAAAGAGGAUGUGUGGAUAUGGAAGAAGCUGAUAUUUAUUUUCUCAUUGAUGGUUCAUCAAACCUCGAUUAUUUUGACUUUGUGGAUCUUAAAUUAUUUUUGAAAGAAAUUAUUAGAUUGUUUGCCAUCGGUCCAAAUAAAGUCCGUAUUGGAGUUAUACAGUAUGCAGAAACCAGUGAGGUGGAAUUUGAUCUUGAGGAAUAUGGCAAAACAAAUGAUAUACUGAAAGCCAUUGAUAACAUUCGUCAAAUUGGUGGGACUCCCCCCUACACCGGAGCAGCUUUGACAAUCAUUCAAUCCUUGUUUAGGAAAUUGCAAAGUCAGCCUUCCAGAACAGUACCCUGCCAUCUAAUUGUGUUAUUAGACCAGAUAUCAAAAGACAAUGUAGAGGAACCAGCCAGGAGAUUGAGGAAUGAGAAAAUAAAUCUUUAUGCCAUUGGUGUAAGGCAUACAAAUGCAUCUCAGAUCUACACAAUUGCAGAUUCAAAUAACCGGGCUUAUUUUGUGAAUGAUUUUGCCUCUUUGAAGUACAUAAAGAAUGAUGUUGUUCGGGAGAUCUGUGCUACAGAAGUCUGCAAAGAAAAGAAAACAGAUAUUGUGUUUCUGGUGGAUAGCUCUAGAAGCAGUGCGACUGAGGACUUUGAAAAAAUGAAGAAUUUCAUGAGGUUGCUGGUGGACAAAUCUGAUAUUGGUCCAGAGACAGUGCACAUUGGAGUUGUCCAAUUCAGUGAUAAAUGCCAAGAAGAAUUUCAGCUAAAUCAAUACUUCACAAAACCAGAUAUCAACAAUGCUAUUGGGAGAAUGUCUCUUAUGGGACAGAGCACAUUCACUGGAGAAGCACUCCAAUUUGUGUCCAAUUAUUUCAAACCUGCUAAAGGAUCACGGCUAUAUGUCAAGAAAGUUCUUAUUCUUAUAACUAAUGGAGAAGCACAGGAUGAGGUAAAAAACCAUGCAGAAGCUUUGAGAGAGGAAAAUAUAAUCAUCUACUCAGUAGGGCUGUUCCAGGCUAACAAAAUGCAGCUGAUGGAGAUCAGUGGAAAGCCUGAGAUGGUGUAUUAUGUAGAAGAUUUUGAGGUUCUAAAGUAUUUAAAAAAUGAGAUCCUCUUUGAAAUAUGUAGCUCUUCUGAUGAAUGCCGAAGAAUAGAACGUCUAGAUAUUAUUUUUGUCAUUGAUGGUUCUGGAAGUAUAGAUCCCAAAGAAUAUGAUAUUAUGAAAGAUUUCAUGAUAACCUUGGUGAAAAAAUCUGAUGUUGGCUACGAUCGAGUUCAGUUUGGAGCAGUCAAAUAUUCUGCAGAGCCAGAAACAUUUUUCUAUCUCAACCAGUUCAAUACCAAAUCGGCAAUCAUUGAGGCUAUUCAGAAUGAUAAACCUAUAGGAGAAACAACAUACACAGCCAAGGCAUUGCGUCAUUCAGAAAGUCUUUUCUCCAAGAAGCAUGGGAGCCGCAAACACAUCCCUCAAGUUAUCAUAGUGAUAACUGAUGGGGAUUCUCAUGAUGCAGCAGAGCUUGAGGAAGUAUCGAAGAACCUCAGGGCUCGUGGGAUUGUGAUCUAUGCUAUUGGGAUAGAAAGAGCCAAGCCAGAUGAACUUUUGACCAUGGCAGGAUCUGAAGACAGAUAUUUCUAUGUAAAUACAUUUGAAGGCCUGAAAAAUCUCUAUCCCAGAUUAUCUGAUAAUAUUUGUGGUGUUUCAAAGUCAGAAUGUGGAAUUCCAGCAGAUCUGGUAUUCCUGAUUGAUGGAUCUAAUAGUAUAAGUGACAGUGAUUUCACUAAGAUGAAGAUUUUUUUACAAGAUGUAAUUCAUCCGUUUGAUACCACCCACAAUGUGCAAGUUGGUAUUGCUCAGUAUAGUGACAGAUACCAAGAAGAGUUCAGUCUCAACAUUUUCUCACGGAAAUCAGAACUUGAAAAUCAAAUCAGACACAUUCAACAGAUGGAAGGACUUCAGACAUAUAUUGGUGCUGCCCUUAAGAAAGUGAAGCUCUACUUUACUCCAGAAGGUGGCAGCAGAAUAAAUGAAAAGAUCCAGCAGAUUUUGCUGGUGAUCACUGAUGGAAGGUCACAUGAUAGAGUUGUUCAAGCAGCAGAAGAUCUGAGAAAGAAAGGCGUUGACAUAUAUGCCAUAGGAGUAGGGAGAAUUGACCAUUUGCAGCUUAGUCAGAUAGCUGGCUCCUCAGACAGAAAAUACACAGUUGAUAAUUUCAGCGAACUGAAAGUAAUUAAAAAAAGACUAGUUGACGAUAUUUGUGAGCAAGAAGAUAAAACAUCAUGCUUCGUGGAUAUUGUUGUGGGAAUAGAGGUCUCUUCACAAAAUCAAGGUGAUCAUGUAUUCCUUGGACAGCCCCAGCUGGAAUUCUAUCUUCCUCAAAUUACAAGUGCUCUCACAUCUUUAACUAGCCUAAGCUGUAAUGCAGGAUCACAAACACAAACCAGUGUGGCACUGAAAAUUAAAAACACAGAUCCAUUGGUGGCAUCAAAGUUCCAAAUUGACAGUGAAAAACUUAUAAACAGUCUUGUGGGCACUACCAUCACCAAUGCAUCUCAUCUUACUGCAGAGUACUUGGAUUCACUUUGGGAAACAUUCCAAAUCAAAUCUGCAAACAGAAGGAAAGUACUACUAAUCUUUACAGAUGGUUUGGAUGAUAGAAUAGAAAUCCUGAAAGACAAAUCAGAAGAACUGAAAAAAAAAGGAUUGGAUGCAUUAAUAACUGUGGUUUUGGAAGGAGCUUCAAAUUUUGAUGACCUGCAAUUCAUUGAAUUUGGAAAAGGCUACGGCUACAAGAUCCAGCUGAAUAUUGGCAUGAGAGAUAUUGCAAGUCAAUUGUUCAAAUAUAUGAAUAACAUUGCUGAACGGACUUGUUGCUGCAUAUACUGCAAAUGCAUUGGUGAAGAAGGAGAACCAGGUGAACAAGGAAAAUAUGGAAUGGAGGGAUCUCAAGGUUUUGAAGGAAGCCCAGGGCACUUAGGAGAUGAAGGGGAACCUGGUCCAAGAGGGUUGCCAGGAUCAGAUGGUGAUAAAGGUUACAGUGGUUGCCAAGGCAAUAGGGGACCUAAGGGACAAAGAGGAAUAAUUGGUGAGAAGGGAAGCAAUGGAGAAAAAGGAUUUGAUGGCAUUAAUGGAGAGCUAGGCUCCCCUGGGCUUCCAGGAUUUAAAGGAGAAAAAGGUGACCCUGGUAACCAGGGCAGCCCAGGAGUCAAGGGAAUUCAUGGUGAAUGUGGCAAAAAUGGUUUCCAAGGAGAUCUGGGUGAAAGGGGACCCUUUGGACCUACAGGAGAUCCAGGAUCCAAAGGAACCAAAGUAAGAACCAAAGAAAGAAAAAUUUAUAUUGAUUUUUCUUAUGAGUGA